GUCAACACAUUCUCAGCAUGCAGUUUUGAGCCCGACGACUGCUGAGUGUGCGCAUGCGAGAAAGCAAGGCCUUGUAAUGUAUUGGUGAGAGUGAGAGUGAGGAGGUGCAGUCUCGGGCCUAGAGGCAAGUGCAGAUGUCUUUCUCGAGGACGAAGCAUUGUGACAAUCAUCAGUCUUGUGCCCCAAUCGUCUGAUUGAAAGACCAACGCCAUACAUGCUGCACCAGAUGCUUCUACCAUUAACUUAACGUGGUAGUAGGAUGACAACUGGUGGUGUCAUUGCUGUGCACAUAGGUGCUGGGUACCAUUCGCCUACAAAGGAAGGUGACUACAAGCGGCUAUGCAAAGUGGCAUGUGCCAAGGGAAUUGAUAUGCUACAAAGCAGUGCUUCAUCUUUGGUGACAUUGGUUUCAGUAAUGAAAAUAUUAGAGGAUGACCCACUUACAAAUGCUGGAAGUGGUUCGAACUUAACACUUCAUGGCACAGUCGAAUGUGAUGCCAGCAUUAUGGAUGGCAAAGGCAGAAUGUUUGGUGCUGUUGGAGCUUUGCAGGGUAUUAAGAAUCCAAUUGAAGCUGCAAAUUGUUUACUGGGAGAGCAGCUGAAGGGCAAGCUGUCUAUGGGAAGGGUUCCGCCAUGUUUUCUUGUGAGUAAUGGUGCCAGACAAUUUGCAAGGGAUCAUGGGAUUAAGGAAGCAUUACCAGGUACCAUGACAACAGAGAAUGCAUUGAAGAGUUACAAGAAAUAUAAAAGACAGUUAUCAGAGUGUUCGGUUAAUCAUGAGGCUCCGUCAGCCAAGAAACGACAAGAGGAAUCAUGCCUGCUCAUGGACACAGUUGGCGCAAUCUGUUUAGACACAAACGGCAACAUCAGCUCUGCUGUUUCAAGUGGAGGAAUUGUUUUGAAGCAUCCUGGUAGGGUUGGCCAUGCAGCUAUGUUUGGUUGUGGUUGCUGGUCAGAAAAUGUUAAAGAUGAUAAAGUAGGAAUUGCAUGCUCAACAACAGGGUGUGGAGAGCAGAUCAUGAGAACAAACCUAGCUCAAAAGUGUUGCCAGAAUGUGCAAGCAAAAGAUAACCCAAUUGAAGCUGUACAAGAAACAUUUACUCAAGAUUUUAAAAGUAGUCAACUACUUUGCAAUGACAGUGAGAAGCUAGGUGGCGCUCUUCUAGUAAGUUAUGAUCAGAAUAACGCUGAACUUGUUUGGGCUCAUACAACAGAGAGCAUGUGUUUUGGUUAUAUGUCAACAAGGGAUAAAUCACCAAAGGUUAAGAUGUCUAGACUCCCAAGUGGAAGUAAAUGUGGUGAAUCUCUGUGUCUAGGAGGAUGUCUUUUCAAACUUUCCUGACGAAUCUCAAAACCUAACAUAUUUUGCUGGAAGAAAACUUUAAAAUGAAUUUAAAUACAGUAACUGAGCUAAAGUGAAUGAAUCCUUCAGGCUGGUGGAUGUCUGUUAACCUGUUUCUAAGAAAGUCAGGUGAUCAGAUUAGACCAUCCUGGAUGUAGACUAAAAUUGGUUUUGUGUUUUCUGACAUUGAUGCUUCACCAAGGGUCAGUCUAAACCAGCAUGUAGUGUAUACCAAGAUCAGUAUUAUUAACAAUGGACUUAACUCAUUACACGUCUCAAUGAGCUAUAUAUACGGACUAGCAGUGUAUCUUAUAGUAUUGACGCGAGGGGGGUGUGAUGGCAGAACAUACUAUAUUAGCAAGGGGGUGGUGGGUGGGGCGGGAACCAGCCUGCAUACAAUCAAUUUUAUAAUUUUAGGCUAAGCAAUAUUGAUAAAUCUGACUAAAGUUAAUAUGAAUUUAAGCUGAUUUCUAGUUUGAUAAAUCUGGCCCCUGGGCCCAUUUUAAUACUGUUAAUAACUACUUUGGAUGUUGAUGGGGACUCAUUUUUCUAGGGGCUUGUAUUGCCCAUGCCCCUAUUGAACACAUCUUUGAUGCAAACAUGUGCAGAUCUUGAUGGCCACUCUUAAUUUUGUGAGCUAAAUUUCAAUGCAUACUAUAAAUGAAGUGUUUGUCAGCUACCCAAAUACAUAACAGUUAGUGGAUACACUUUUAUAACAGUUAAUGGAACUACCAGUGCAGUUUUUAUAGUGUUUGGGGAGUAAGGGAUGUGUGUGUUUGUGAGAAGGAGAAGUAAGGGGUUAUGUGAGUGUAGUUGUAUGAAGGCAUGUGUGUAUGUAGAACAAUGUCAGUAUAAAAUCAUGAUUGAAAAAUCCAUCUUGGAAUCACUUUUAAUGAUAAAUUUGAACAAUAAAAUUCUUCUUGAAAUCUUUAAA